CUCUUCCGGGAGCACGCCCGCUCGGGCACGCGCAAGGGCCAGGUCAGGGAAUCUCGCUUGGGGCUAUCGCGAGAGCCGGGGGCGGGCGUCUUCCGGCACUGGCCGUCUGCGGUCAGUCCAUCCGCGAGGUCGGGGACGAGAUGUCGCUGGGAGCGGCUCGCUGGCUGGUGGCAGCCGCGCGGAGCGGGGCUCUCGGGCCUGGGCCGGUCGCGCGGAAGGCCGGGAGCGGCCUGGGGCAGGGCCCGGUCCCUUCGCGGUCGCUCAUUGCUACCCGCAGCGGGGCCAUCUUGCCCAAGCCGGCUAAAAUGUCCUUCGGCCUUCUCCGGGUCUUCUCCAUCGUCAUUCCCUUUUUGUACGUGGGGACGCUCAUCAGCAAGAAUUUUGCUGCCCUCUUGGAAGAGCACGACAUUUUUGUCCCAGAGGAUGACGAUGACGACGAUUAGUGGGGCACAGCGGCCACCCAGAGGGGACAGGCGGCCCUCUCGCCACGCUGAAGCCUCCGUAGCGAUGAUGCUCUUUCUCCAGCAGCAGAGGCCCCCCUGUUUCUCCGUGACCAGCAUUCCCUGCAUGGCUCAGUGGGUGUGCUGUGUGUACACAGCCUUGUGAGCCCAAGCUCCCUUGCCCUCUGUGAAGGCUGAAGCCCCAGAGCACUUGAACUAUGAAUAAAUAGCACUUUGUGACCGAA